CCUUUUUCACUCUGGCCAGAAAAAGACAAGAUGUCAUGUGUUGAGAAAAGCGCGCCAAUUUCAAACGAGCUCCUCGCACACAUGAUAGUCAGAUGGUUCGAAAUGUCCUGAGGAGGCUGCUUUUUCGGGCGCCAACGGCGCUCCGGAGGUGCUGCCAUGGAGAGCCCUCGUCCUCAGGUCAGCCGCAACCGCCGCCCGCAACAGACAAGGAGUUAUUGGCACGGAAGGUGCGCAGGUACACCCUUUCUCGCUAUGUCUUCUACGUGCGGCGCUUCGAACACACCCUGGAGGAGAACUUCCCCUCGGCUAUGCACGUCUACCGCGUCUUUGUGGUCGGCAUUAAGGAUUUUUACGAAGAUCUCAAGCAUUUCAUCAGGGUGGCCAGGUGGAUCAACCGAAACGGCAGAGACGGCCUGGCGAGGAACGAGCUGGAGCUGCACUUCCAGAUGCCCAAGGACAUGGUCAGGGUGGCGCCGGUGCUGCUGAUCUCGGCGCUGCCGUUCGCCAACUACGUCAUUUUCCCGCUUGCCUACAUGUUUCCCAGACAUCUGCUCAGCAGGCACUUCUGGUCCCUCCAACAAAGGGUCGAUUUCGCUGCCAUUGCCCUGAGAAAGAGACUGUACAACCAGAGGCCGAUACUUCGCUGCCUGCAGGUCCGUCUGGGCGACCUGGAGGAAGGCAAGCUGCGCGACCAGUGGGCAAACAUUUUGGGCCUGCUGGGCAGCGGUGCCCACCCAAACCUGCAGCAGAUCCAGCAGGUGUCCGGCCUGUUCGCGGAGACGCAGGCCUUCGGCAUGGCCGGACUCUGGGCAAACCACAAGAACGCCCUCGUGCGGCUGCACGGCAUGCACAUGGGCUGGAAGCGCAGGUGGCGGCUGCGCGAGAGGGCCAAGCUGAUCAGGGAAAUGGACUUUAUGAUCACCGAGGAGGGCGUCACCAGCAUGAGCAACGACGAGAUGAGAUAUGCGUGUUUCCUGCGGGGUUUGAACCCGGUGAACGUAAAGACGGACGAGUUGGUGUUGUGGCUGCACAAGUGGACGCUGAUCAGCAACAACACGGACGACGAGCACCUGUCGCUGAUCCUGCACCUGCCCAUCCUGCUGGGCUACAACCAGCCCUCCAACUGGGUCCUGCUCUACCAGUGAGCCGACUUUGUGAUCUUAGCCUGUACCUGUAGUAGCCCUGCAUUGUAAUUAUUGUAUGUUGUUUGUUAAUAAAAGAUGCAGUUAGCUAAUUGGCAUAACUCUUCGUUUAUUGUG